AUGACUAAUGACGAAGCGGGUGAUGUGGAGCUUAUUGAUUGGCUAGGAUUUAUAAGUCAUUGUGGUUGGAAUUCAGUAAUGAAAAGUGUUGAUUUUGGGGGUCCGAUUAUAGCAAUGCCUAUGCAUCUUGAUCAACCAGUGAAUGCUAGGUUGAUGGUAGAAUUAGGAGUGACACUGGAAAUUGUUAGAGUUGAUGAUGACAAGAUUAGAAGAGAAAAAAUUGCACAAGUUGUUAAAGGGGUCAUAGCUAGCUUGAGAGGUCGCAUCGAGAACAGGUUCAAUAUAGACCGAGCUCGUGCUCGAAGGCAAAAUACGAGGCUCGAAGAUCUAAGUGAUUGA